AUGGGUCGCGUUCGCACGAAGACCGUCAAGAAGUCCGCCAAAGUCAUCAUCGAGCGCUACUACCCCAAGCUCACCCUCGACUUCGAGACCAACAAGCGCAUCUGCGAUGAAAUCGCCAUCAUUGCCUCGAAGCGUCUUCGCAACAAGAUCGCCGGCUACACCACCCAUCUGAUGAAACGUAUCCAGCGCGGUCCCGUCCGCGGCAUCUCGUUCAAGCUCCAGGAAGAGGAGCGCGAGCGCAAGGAUCAAUACGUGCCCGAGAUCUCGGCCCUUGAUUUCACGCAGAACACCGAGAGCGGCCAACUGGACGUGGACAGCGAUACCAAGGAUCUGCUGAAGAGCAUGGGCUUCGACAGUAUCGCUGUCAACGUUGUGCCGGUCAGCCAGCAGGCGCCGCAGGAGCGGGGCGGUCGUCGGGUCUUUGGCACCGAUAGACCGGGACGACGAGAGUAG